GCUGGGAUCUGCUGUAUAAUCAUCACUUGCCAUGUCUUUCUUCAUGCUUUCCACAAGACUGAUCAUCAUCGCCUUGCUGGCGGCUGCUUGGUGUCAGACAUCGUAUGGAAACUAUGAUGUGGCAUGUCCUGGUGUAAACAGCGAACUGUUUUGCCCUAAAGGAAGUGUGAUUGAAGUGCUGUCCAUGAAACAUGGUUUGAAAAGCGCCGCUAUCUGCGCUGACAGAACCCAGCCUGCUGUAACCUCGGAGAAGAACUGCAUUGACAACAGAAUGAUAGCAUGGGUCAAGCUUGUCUGUGACAAUAUGGAACACUGCCGUCUGCCCAAGCCCCAUCCCAUGGAGUUUCUGUGCGAUUACUCAAGUGAUAACUUCAUUCUGACCACCUACAAGUGUAACCUGAAAAGAACUGAUUUGCAAACUACUGUCAUAUGUCAAGGACAAGCUCAGGAUAUUACGUGUGAAAAAGGAGUCCUUCACAUUGUAAAGGCCAGUUUUGGACGUUUCGAUGAGAACACCUGCACCCAAACCCCUUCGACAAUGACCUACUGUGCAAGUGCCGAAGCUGAUGAAAGAGUGAAAAAAAUGUGUAACAACAAAAACAAGUGCAACAUUAUAGCAAGUCCUGAUUAUCUGGGAAAACCUACUUAUUGUGAUAAUCUUCCCAUGUACCUCACUGUGGAUUAUGUUUGUCAGUUAGUGGGGAUUCGCUUCAGCAUCAGAGAGAGGAGCAGUGACUCUGUGUGGGGCUCUUUACAGCAAUCACAUUUCAACGAGAAUGUGUUUGGUUGAAUUAUUAAAAGAGU